GUGAAACUAUUAACUCUGUAUAUAUCGAUUCUGAAUGGAGCGAGAUAACUUCGAAGCAGUUUUCUCACCACUCUAACAAACUAUUCUGGAACUUCAUUUGCUCUGUAGGUUUAUGGAAUGUUGAUGGCUAGAUCAACCUACGAAGGGAUGAUCCUUGCUAAUCCUGAGAAAAGGCCAUUUGUGUUAACCAGAGCAGGUCAUGUUGGAAGCCAAAGAUACGCUGCCACAUGGACCGGGUUUAAGUGGACAACCAUUCUCCGGGCCUGAUAUUGGUGGUUUUGGUGGAAACGCUACACCUCAAAUGUUUGCGCGGUGGAUGGGUAUUGGGGCCAUGCUUCCAUUUGCACGUGGCCAUUCAGAGAAAGGGACCGUGGAUCAUGAACCCUGGGAAUUUGUGAAAGAGUGUGAAGACGUCUACAGGCAGGCACUGUACAGGAGAUAUCGGAUACUGCCGAACCUAUAUACUCUAUUUUGCAAGGCACAUACGACAGGAGUUCCGAUAAUGUCUCCUUUGUUCUUCGCUGAUCCUAAAGAUGAGAAACUUCGUAAGGUGGAUGACAGUUUUCUUCUGGGACCUCUCCUGGUUGCAGCAUGUACUAAAGCUGGCAAGAAACCUGAUCCAAAGAAGACUGUCCUACCAAAUGGGUUGUGGCAGCUCUUUGAUUUCGAUGACUCACAUCCGGAUUUACCGUUACUGUUCCUCAAGGGAGGAUCUAUCAUCCCGACUGGUCAGGUUUCACAGUACACGGGUGAUGUCAGUGAGAAUGAUCCCAUCACACUCAUCAUAGCUCUUGAGGAAGAAGGAAAAGCAGAAGGGACACUCUACGAGGAUGAUGGAGAUAGUUUUGAAUAUAAAAAAGGACAGUUCUUGCUUACUCGUUACUCUGCUGCCCUGCUCUCCAGCUCCACCGGAGGUUCAAGUGGAAAAAAGAUCGUCAUCAAAAUCACCCAGUCGGAUGGUUAUCUUAGCAGGCCCAAGCGUCCUCUCAAAGUGCGCAUUUUGCUCGCAAAUAAAGCGGAGCUUGAGGGUGAAGGUGUCGAUGGCGAGGAAUUGACUGUCGACCUGCCUUCACGACUCGACAUGGCCCAGAUCACGACUCUCAUCCAACAGCAGGAUCUGCCAAAGGAAGAUGAUGAGAAUAUUCCAGAUGAAGCCGAUCACAAGACCUCAGAGAGCCUUGCAGUUCCUCCAACGACUCUGCUGGAUCUGAAAAUUGGUGACUGGUCCCUAAAAGUGGCACCCUGGAUUGGUGGUCGGAUUGUUUCUAUGAUCCACGAGCCCACAGAGACCGAAUGGCUGGAAGGAAAACUGGAGCAUGGAGCGUAUGAAGAGUACAGUGGGGUCGAAUAUCGAUCUCCUGGCUGUGUGGAACAGUAUGAUGUCAAAAAGGAGCAGUCAGAAAUAGAAGGAACAGACGGUGUAGUUAUGGAAGGUGACAUUGGUGGAGGAUUGGUGAUGUGUCGUCAAAUUGGCGGCAAGGGAGCUGAUUCAAAAAUAGUACAGAUAAGCUCCUCAAUUGAGGCUAGAUCUGUUGGUGCUGGUUCAGGUGGAUUUUCUAGGUUGUGGAGAAGCUCGAGAAAUAGUCCCGAAGCCCGGCGAUAUAAUGUUGACAGCAGACGACUGACCAAAUGGAGAGUGGGCAUUCUUAGACAAAGAGAACGGAGUGGCCAUCGUGAACAGAUUCAACCCAGAGCAGGUGUUCACGUGUGUAAUCCACUGGUCAGCAGGCAUUUGCAACUUGGAGCUUUGGUCUGAGGAAAGGCCCGUUUCCAAGAAACACCUCUUCAGAUAUGUCAUAAAUAUGAGACUGUCAGUGAGCAGGAGUUGCUUCAGUCUCAGCCUUGAGCGUGGCGGCCUCCACGAUCUUCUGACUCUUGUUCUAUGGGAAGGUUUGAGAGCCGACCUCAUCGUUUUGCCCGGAUCGAGUUGUGUCGUGGUAUUAAGCCUGUCAAUUGUUGAAGAGCUUGACUGUUAACAGGCUUGAGCAAAUAGCAUAAUUCUGUACAGCUGUACACCGUUGGAAUGUAAAUCUUUGAGUAAUA